ACAGGCAACACUUUACAUAUAUAUGAUGAAGGCAUUAAAAGUGUCUUCAAAUGAUACUGCACCCGUUGAGUUGGCAAGAAACAAUUCGUCAGAAGUACUCACAACCUUACCCAGAAGGACAAAUCAAACUCCCGAGACAACAUAUUUGUUGCAUGUCGGAUUUUGGCCAGACCUGAGUCUAUAGAACGCCCCUGGAUUUGUCGGUAACGACUUUGGAAAGAAUUGUGGCCAGACUCAAAAUUCAAUAUUACACACAGACAGUUCAUGGUCUAGAUGCAAGACGACUCUUCAUUUGAAAUGAAUUAUUUGGUUCAAUAAUAGCAGGACGCUGGGCUCCAAAGACGCAUGAAUUACAUUGGAUAUUGUCGUUUACAGAGGGUUUCUGUACACUUGUACGACAUCAAUCAAGCACACGAAUUACAGUGUCAAAUAUGGAAAACCAUCAACGCAUAUUAAGAUCCUCAAGUUCUGCUUCAAAAGUCUCAACACCACUUCCACCAAACUCGAUGUCAAAUCUAGACCAACCAGUGACUUUCAUUUCUGCGAAAAAGUCCCCAUCUCUAAAUGUGGACGAAAAGAUACGACUGGUACCAUCCUCUUCCAAAUUACGAGGUCUAGACCGAGGUGAAGUCACACUUCUUCGCAAGAAACAAUCCCGACUAAUGGCUACUGCUUUAUCCACAUUCAAAUAUUUACCAUCCGGAACUCAUAUAUUGAAUUCAAUGAAAUCGACUUUGAUUUUUGCGCAAUAUGAGGCAGGAACUGCAGUAUGUAUUGAUCCAAUUGGAUGGAUACUUACGUGUUCCCAUUGCAUUGGCGAAACCGAAGAAGAGUGUCGGAAAAAUCCACGUCGAUGGCUUUUAUAUUAUACUGGUCUUGCAAUUGAAGUUGAAUGUCGUGUUUGGGAUCCAAAACGUGAUUUAGCAUUAUUGAAAGUAAUCAGCAUCGAAGUCGAUGAUGAAAAUUCUGAAAAUACUAUCCCGCAAUUCUCAUAUGUGAAUUUGGCAACUCAACUUCCAGAAACUAACACUUCAAUUAUAUGUAUCGGACAACCAGGAAGUGAUGAUUUAGAAUCUUCAAAUGAUCGAAAGACAAAAUAUAAACUUAUAGAAGUAUCAGAAGGAUUAUUUCAUGGAAUGAUGUCCGGCAAGGAUCCUCAGGAUAACGAGGAGAUUGGCACUUUGAAACAUGAUGCUUGGACUUAUUGGGGUCAUUCUGGAGCACCUUUGUUAAGAAAUGAUAAUGGAUUGUUGAUUGGAUUGCAUUCUUCUUGGGAUGAUCAAACUGCUAUGAGGCAUGGUAUUCCGGUUGUGGCGAUAAGGACAUUUUUGGAAAUGCAUUUACGUGGUGCAGAAUGUCUUAAGGGUGUAGGGCCUGUAUGAUUGGUGUCGCAAGAUCUUUCGUUCUUGAUAUUUGGUUUCGAAGUAUAUGCUACUAUGUAUGAAGCAUGAUGAGAUAAAAGGAGGGAAAAUCGUUGGCUCGAGAUACUGCUGGUUUCGAAGAGGAGGUUUC